AUGAGCUCUGGGGUAGAAAUAUUAGGGCUAGCAACGUCGACAAAGAGGACGACGACCCCCAAACGGAUCUGGAUGGCGACGGGGCGUAUUUCGAUAUCCUCAGGCACCUCGAGGCGCAACGUGUCUAUCGGGAGGCGGCCAUUCAUUGGACCCAGAUCGAGCCUGGAGAAUAUACCCUUGUUAUUGGACAAUGACGUGAAAUGA